CGGCCAUCGCGAAGCCGCACCCGCCGCCGGCCACAUCCCUCCACGCAUCACCGGCCGCCGCGGCCGCGUCCGGCAUCCUCACGGGCACCGGCCCCAGCAGCGGCGACCGCUGCUGCGACACCCCGGGCAGCCAUGUCGUCGUCGAUGGCGUCGGCGGCGCCGGAGCCGCCGUUCCGGCCGAGGGAGAAGCUGGUGGAGAAGCAGAGGUACUUCCAGAGCGUGCACAAGCCGACGUACCUGAAGGGGCGCUACGACGCCAUCGCCUCCGUCGCCAUCCCGCUCGCCCUCGCCGCCUCCAGCGUGUUCCUCGUCGGGCGCGGGAUUUACAACAUGUCUCAUGGCAUCGGCCGGAAGGAGUGAUGAGGCUAACUGAUUAGCUAUGUGUAACUGGAGGAGCUGAUCUUGUGUUACAGUGACAGACUGACAGUGUGUCAGCUACAUGUAACCUCUCUUGUGUGUA